AUAAUUCACCGCCGCCAUAUCCGCGACUUUCGAGUCGCGACAUCGGAGCAGAGCGAUUUCGGAGCAGUGUGUUUACUUCCGUUGCCUCCUGCUUUCUGUGGGAAGAAUUCGAAGAUCGUCUCGCGCGAAAUGGCUUACAACUUCCCCGGGGUACCGGCAACCGCUAUGCCGCCCAUGGGCAUGGGACCAAUCGGUCCGCUGACUCCCAUAGCGGGACCACAGAGCUUUAUGGAGCUAGCGGGUCAAGGUUUCCCGCCGCUGCCACCACCGCCCAUACCACUGCCUGGCAUGAACGACUCGCCUCUGGAGUUCAGUACGAAUAAGAAUCAGCCCCCGGUGGUGCGAGAGACCUCGGACGACAGCGGUGACAGGAGAAGCGACAAGAAUGACAAUAGAAGGGAUCGAGAGAACAGGGAUAGCCGCGAAGCACGAGACAACCGAAGGUCGAGGGGGGAGCGCAGCGACAGACGCGACAGAGACCGCGACAGGAGGGAGGAGAGGAACGACCGAGAUCGAAGGGACGAUCGAAGAGUCGAGGAGCGAAGUAAUGCAAAUUCCUCCAAGAACAAUAACAAUCACGCGAACAAUUCCAACAACAACGAAGUCUUGUCGUCGGCGAGUACGAACAACGCGCCGAGCAUAGGCACGCAGAUGGAGCCGACUGCCGCCGGUGUCUGGGGAAUGGGAGUGGGCUAUCCCAUGAUGGGUAUGGGCCCCAUGGGUCCGAUGGCGCCCAUGAUGGGCGAGAUGACACUGGGUCCGCACAUGAGCCACACGCAUGGCUACAAUCCGAUGGGCAUGGGCAUGAUGUCGCACGACGGCAGCAUGAUAGGCGCGCAGAUACUGGGCGCCGAGCAGAUCAUGACGGACGCGGCGCAGAUAAUGACCGCGAGCUUGCCACCGCCGCCUCAGAUGACGCCUCAGGGUACCAAAGAAAUCAUACACUGCAAAAGUUGCGUGUUGUUCCCGCCAAAUCCGAACGCUCCGCCGCCUACCACGCGAGAGAGGCCACCGGGCUGUAGAACAAUUUUUGUGGGAGGGUUGCCGGAAAACAUUACCGAAGCUAUAAUACAGGAAAUAUUCGAACGGUGUGGAGAGAUAACUACUUUGCGCCUUUCCAAGAAGAACUUCUGUCAUAUACGCUUUGUCUUGGAAGCUAGUGUGGAUGCAGCGAUUUAUUUGUCGGGUUACAGAGUAAGAAUAGGAUCUAGUGGAGAACCUGCAAAUACCGGUAGACUUCACGUAGAUUUCGCUCAGGCGAGAGACGAUCAAUACGAAUGGGAAUGCAGACAACGACAAUUGCAAAGAGAACAACGUCACAGAGAAAGAGUGGAAAAGGAGAGACAGAGGCCGCCGUCGAGUCCGCCUCCGGUGGUGCACUAUACAGACCACGAGGCGUCGAAUAUCUGCGAAAAAAUUAAACAAGAUGAUACGUUUAUGAAAGCAGUACAAAUUGUUGUAACGUGGUUAGAACGAGGAGACUGCAUCAAACGUAACGCCAACAUCUUUUACUCCAUGAUACAAUCAACGAACUCUCACGUGCGACGGCUCCUGACGGAGAAGGCUGCUUACGAGGAGGAGCUGCAAAAAGCCAAAGAAUUAAUGAAAGGAAGAAUGCAAGGACUCCUCAUACAAUUCAGUCAGAUCGAACGAGUCUUUACUGCGGCCAGCCACAAGAAGGUCUGGGAUCACUUCACUAAGGCGCAGCGGAAGAAUAUCGAGAUGUGGAAGAAACAAUCCUCGGAAAUAAAAGCGGUACAGUUGGAAGACAGUCUAAUUGAAGGCGAGGGUGAGAUGGAUGUGUCGGAUUCCGAGGAGGAGCCUCAACGUAAGAAAACGCGCAAUCAAUUGGACGGCAAUCAGGAGGACGUCGAGAGACUGCAGAGUCUCAAAGAGGAGAACGACAGUCUGAGAUGCCAGUUGGAAGCGUACAAGAACGAGGUGGAUCUCUUGAAAUCGGAAACGAAAGCCGAGUUGGAGGGGAAGGAGAAGCAAAUGAAGAUGCUGCAGCAAACGCUGAAGGGUAUGCAGGAGCAGUUGAUGCAGUCGCGUAAGCAGCAGGCGCAGGACGAUCAGAAGAUCAAGGACUUGACCGUCAAGCUGAACGCCACGAAGAAGGAGGAGCCCAGAGAAAGCGAGGUUAUUACACUCGACAAGGACGACGAUAUUAGCGAGGAGCCACGCACGCCGAAGCAACACAUUCUCACCUCCAGCUUCGUGCAAGUCACCCAGAAGGAUGCCAAGCUCAUUGGACUUAUAGCGACGUUUCUGCAUAUCCAUCCGUUUGGUGCGAGCGUGGAUUAUUUAUGGUCCUACCUGCAGAAAAUGGAGCCCGGAAUUAAACCGAAUGAAGUCGAAGUUUUGAUGCAGCGCUUCCCGCAGGUCUUCAAACAGGAAUUGUUCGGCAUCGGCGCAAAUAUGGAGAGACGUUGGCAGUUUUCAGGUUUUAACGUUUAUCGCAAUCAUUGAAUCUAGACGAAUUGAAUGUAAAAAAAAACUGUGAAAGUACAUUUGUCUCGUUGUUCCUCUCUCUAUCUUUCGUUAUUACUCCGCGAGUGCAAUCGAGAUUUGACAAACGUAUUAAAGCGAUUAAAAAGACGAUUGUCGUGGUGAAGUAAUAAAAUGUCUUUACCGAUUCUUAAUUUUAAUGAUAA